AUAACUGUUUCUGCACAGCACACUGCACACAACCUUCAUUAGCUUUUCUGGUUGAACUUGGUUUGGCUGUGAGUUUUCUUAUCAUAUCAAAAUCAAAAAAAUGGUUAUAAUGAGACCCAAAAUAGUGCCAGAUGAAGAACCAAAAAGUGAAAGUAAGAAUCAAAUAUUCUCUAUUAGAUGGAUGAAAGAAUUCAGUCAGAUUUUCAGUUCUUCAGAUAGAACUGAUGAAGAUGGUGUUGGAACUUCUGAAAACCAAAAGAAAAAGAAGAACGGUUGGAAUUUGGUCAGAAUAAGAAGAACUAAUCAAUUUUCAUUUGACCAAGAACAUAUUGGAUGCCGAUGCUUCAAUUACAAACAGCUUAAAGCAGCCACUGAAAAUUUUAGCGCUGCCAACAUAAUUGGACGAGGUGGUUUUGGACCAGUUUAUAAGGGUAUUCUCCCUGAUAAGACGGCAGUAGCGGUGAAGACUCUUUCUUCGAGUUCAAAGCAAGGACAGAGACAGUUUCUCGCUGAAAUAAACGUAAUUUCUAAAGUAAGACACACGAAUUUGGUUAGAUUGCUUGGACAUUGUGCAGUGAGUAACAAAUUACUACUAGUAUACGAGUACAUGGAGAAUAGUUGCUUAGCAAUUGCAUUGUCUGGCUCGAGACCAAGUUUGAAGGAAAGACUAAAUUGGCAAGCUAUGUUUCAAAUUUGCACUGGAAUAGCGAGAGGUCUUGCUUACUUACAUGAAGGAACUCCCAGAAUUAUUCAUAGAGAUAUCAAGCUUUCAAAUAUUUUGUUAGACAAAGAUCUUAAUCCUAAGAUAGCUGAUUUCGGAUUAUCUAGGCUCUUAGAAGAGGAAUCACACAUCAUCACUUGCGUUGCAGGAACCUUUGGGUAUAUAGCUCCUGAGUAUGCCAUGUCUAGCCGGUUAACUGCGAAGGCAGAUGUAUAUAGUUUUGGAGUAGUCAUACUUGAACUUCUUAGUGGAAAGCAUUGUUUCAACGAAUCUCGAGAUGAUAGUCCACACCUUUUAUAAUUUGCCAUAGCUUUACAAAAGAAGGGAAAUCUUAUAUCUCUAAUCGAUGAAAACUUAAAGACAAGCAUUUCAGUGAAAGAAGCUAUCAUGGUGCUAGAUUUGGCAAUGUUGUGCGUUGCUUUUUCUCCUAAUACGAGGCCUAGUAUAUUGGAGGUGGUGAAAAUUCUUGAAGGAAAGACUACCGUGAAAACUCCUGUUCUAUUAGGAUCAGAUGACUUGACAAGUGUUGAUUCCGAUGAGAUGACCAUGAUUGGUUUUCCAGAUAACUACAUAGACAACACUACAACAGAAAUGGUAACACAUCAAGGGGAGACUUACAGUGAGAGAGACGAAGAUGUGGCUCGAGUUCUUUCCUCUGAUAAUGCAUCUCAUGAGGUUAUCCAUUCUAAUGAAGGGGAUUCCAUUCGCAAAGGAGAGCACGAUUCUAGGUUGCGGGUUUACACAAAUGUUCUGACAUUAGAGACUUCUAUAUCAAAUGGCAAGGCAUCAACAACUCCUUCGACCUUUGAGGAUGUCACUGAGGUAAUAGACGAAGCUGAGCUAGAGUAUAUUGAACCGCAUUUAGAGGCGGGGAAGUAUUACAUCGAGUGUUCAGAAGAAGAACUGAAAGUUGGUUGUAAUAAAUGGAAGAAUUCCCUGGUUGGAUGUUUUUUUAGCGAAACUGGAGCAUUUGAUUUUGACAAAGGAGUGGAUGAAGAUGUAAUCCGUGAAGCAAUAGGAAAUAUUAUGGCGGUGUCUUCUGCACGAAGAGGGUAUUCAGUGUCUGCCAUUGGAAGCGGACACUUUUUGUUGCGGUUCAGUUGUGAUGACGAUAAAAUCAGAGUUUUAGAAUCAUCAGGCCUUUUGCAUACCCAGGGUAAAACAUUGAUUUUACGAAAAUGGGAUUGGAAACUGAAAUUCGACAAAGUUGAAAUGCUGAAAUCUAUUCAUAUAUGGGUGAAGAUUUUGAAUCUACCUCUCUUUCUCUGGAAUUCGUCAUUUCUCAGUAAGGUUGCAAGUGCACUAGGAAAUCCAAUAUGUGCUGAUCAGAGAACCAUAAAGCAACAACGACUGGAUUACGCAAGGGUUUACAUACAAAUAGCUGCCAGUAAACCAUUGGUAGACACUUUGCUUAUUUCAGUUAAAGGAAUUGAUUAUCUACUCAACUUGGAGUAUGACUGGAAACCACUAAGGUGUUCACAUUGUUUCACAUUUGGGCACCUUGAAUCGAAAUGCACGUUAAGAAUGAAGGGGAAACAAGUUUUGAAGUAGCUAUACUUGAAUUUGUUGGCGAAAGAUGUUCAGAGAAGUCUCGACCCGAGAAAUAACGUUUCAGAUUUGUUUAAGUUGUAACUUCAACAAUUUCACUCUCAUUUAUAAAUAUGUUUGCUUAGUUUUUAGAAGUGAUCUUCGUUUUCAAUGAAAACUGAUUUUCUAAACUUCUGUAUUUUAAAAACUCAAUCUUUAAUCUCCUCAAAGAUGUUGGCUUCAUUUUUCAAAACUUCUUUGUUUUUCAAAUCGUUUUUCUCCAAGUAGAUAAUCUUUCCUUCUUUACCAUGUAGCAUCUUUCCGCUCUUGUGUUUGGUUUGUUUCUAAUCUUAUGUUGACCUCUCAACCCCCUGAAAGAGAGAUCUGUUUUACCUUGUGAUUGUCGACGCCUUUAUUUCAGUUUUGGGAGCUUAAUUUUAUGUUCAAUAGUUGUUUCAAAAUCUCUUAAGUGAAAUCCAUGUUUUGAUCUUUUUGUAAUGUUUCUUUCCCUAAUCGCGUCUCCAAAGUGAAGCCCCCGGGUAAACCCUUUCUUCCCCUCUUUGAUUUUUCUCUUAAUCUUUUUUGUAGUUUUUUUGCUCUCUGAUUUGCAGUUUUGCAUUUUAGUUUCCCUAAAUCUUUGAGUCAGCUCGUUGUGUGGUAGAUUUAUACUACAGAGUUAACCCACUGACCUAGUUGCUUAACAUUUAUCUUUCAACUGGAAAAAUGAAACCCCUUCUAUACUUGCUUGAAACAAAUCUUGCUCUUGUUCUUAACCUUUCACUGUCAUGGUCUUACGACCUUGAUUUAAAAACUGUUCGUUUCUGUGACAUGAAAAAGUCACAGGUUGGCCGAUUAUCUGCUGAGUAAAUUGGCUUGAUCUCUCUUUGCUUAAUUUCUCUGUCAUGGAGACCUCUUCGGAGGGCACGGGAUCAAUCAGGGUGCAUCAUUUUCUCUUUGGAAUAUGCUGUUCUCACAAUUUUGAUAGAUUUAUCACUUGGGUUGGAGCUUGCGGUGGAUGAAGCAAAAGGAAGCAUCGUAGGAGGCGAAAAAACCUCUUGUCGGACGAUUGAUAUUAUUUAUCUUUUAGUCAAUGUAAUCUUCGGUUUUAGUUUCUGUAAGAAAUCUUGUUCUCGAUUUGCAAUCGAGUAUUUUGAUCUUCUUGGUAUUCCGUAUUCCAGUGUUCGUAUCCCUUUUAGUCAAAGGAAAAUGUA